UCCGAUCUGUAUGUUGGUAUUUCGUGCAUGCAAUCGAUGCUGAAGAUUCGAGUAGUUUAUAUAGUGUGAUUUGUUUGCUUUCGAUUUUACUCGUUACAUUCUAAAGAUGACAUCAAAUUAUUUCCCAUUGACAUUUAUUCGUGUUAACAUUUAAUAUCGCGUAUCUAAUGUGAGAAACAUAUGAGAACGUAGCCGUGGACUCGCCACGGUUACACUGUAGGUUAUAUUGCAGUUGCAAUAAUUAUUGGAUAGAUAUCAUUCACAAUGAGUGUUAAGGCCUUCGAACUUGUUCCAGUUAUAGAAACACUUCAGUUAACGGGGGAAAAAGCACAAACCAAGAUUGAAUGUAUAGAAUGCUGUGGCAAAGACCUAUAUGUUGGGACAAGUGAUAGUUUUCUUCUGUUGUACACGUUGGAAGAGAAGCGUGAUGGAAAUGGGAAAGUGGUUUACAGAAGCAGAGAUAUAGUACAUAAGUUUCUGGAUUUGAGAAAACCAGUUAAAUGCAUCAAAGCUGCCUCAGCUUUAAAUCGAUUACUACUUCUGUGUGAUUCAUGUCUACUGCUCCUUAGUAUGCAUGAUUUGGAAAUAAUUGGGGGAGGGCCCAAGCUUCGUGAAAUUAGUACAUUUUGCGUAAAUGAAAAUCCAAACACCAAUAAUCCGUUUUGCAUUCAGAUUUGUGUUGCUCGGCAGAGACAGCUUCGGGUGUAUGAUGUUACUGUCGAGAAGCUGAUUCCAGUCAAAAAUAUUGGAUUGCCCGAACCAGCAUGUGGUGUUGCAGUUGACGGCUCUCACAUCUGUGCUGCUUUACUGACACAUUAUAGUGUGUACAACUUUGACACUAACUUCACACAACAACUCUUUACUUAUGGCCGUGAAAAUUUCCUCCCACUCAUCCGCAGGAUUACUAAGGAAGAAUUUCUGUUGAGUGCACCUGGAGGUCUGGGAAUGUUUGUGAAUUCAGAGGGUAUGUCCAGCAGACCACCCAUUCAGUGGUCCUAUCCUCUGCGUGCUCUUACAUACUCACAUCCCUACAUUCUGGGCCUUAGUGAUGAUGUCAUCAUUGUGUACAGCAUCUUGGACCAGCAGCAGAAGCAGGCUCUACCAUUCGUUGGUGGGAGGAGCAUUGGCAACUUCGAUGGUCGUAUUUAUGUGACUUCUGGAACAGCUGUGUAUAAUCUGACACCAGUGCCAUGGGAGAAACAAGUUGAGGCGUUGCUUACAGAUGCCAGAGUGGAAGAAGCUUUGGAAUUAGCACAGAAUGCAAAUCGAAUGGGUAUGACAAAGGAACAGUUCCAGAAGAUCUUCCAUAAAAUCCAACAGCAGGCAGCUUUCAUCUAUUUUUCAAAUGGUGAAUUUGAUAAAGCUAGGGAACUGUUUGGCAGUGGUGAUGUUGAUCCCAGGGAAGUAAUCUCCGUAUUCCCAGGACUUAUGCCACCAUCUUCAACAUUUGUUAGGACUGUUCCACCUCUUCAUGGCAUUGCUGAUGUCAACCAGCUAUUUAAUGGCAAUGAAGAGAAGCUUAGUGAAGUGAAGCAGUUCCUGCGUCAUUUUUUAGAGGACCAUCGUGAAACUGCAUCAUUCCAACAUUCUUUGGAAGUGGACACAGCAUUAUUGAAGUUAUAUGCUGAGACAUAUGCUCCAGAACUAGAAGCAUUUAUUGUAGCUGGUGAAAUUGCCUGUGAUGUAAAGGACUGCUGUGAUUGGCUGGAGAAGAGAAAAUGCUAUCAUGCUCUGGCAUUGCUGCACCGACAUGCAAAUGACCAUGAUGAAGCCCUCAAGGUUUGGGCCAGGAUCAUCUCUGGGGAGUACAAAGAUGAUAGCUUUCAUGGCCUAGAGUUCUUUGUUGAAUGUUUAGCAAAUUUGAAGGAGCCUGAGUUGAUGUGGAGGUAUGCAGAUUUUGUCUUAAGCCAUGAUCAAGAAGUUGGUGUGGGAAUAUUUACACUACGAUCAACACAGGAUGUGAAUUUAGAUACAGUGAAGCCUGAUAUGGUUGUAGACUAUCUCCACCAGUAUCCGAAGGCGGUUGUAAAAUACCUUGAACAUCUAGUAAUGAAACAAAAAAUACAGGCAGAGAAGUUUCAUACACAUCUAGCAGUGCUAUAUCUAGAAGAUAUUUUAAAGAAGCGAAAAGAAGGCAAUGAAGAGGCAGUAAUGGAGGUGAGGACAAAACUCCGUCACUUGCUGCAGGUAUCUAGUCUGUAUCGUGUUCAGCUGCUGCUUGGCAAGAUGAAUGAUGCUGAUCUACACGAAGAAGCAGCCAUUCUAUAUGGAAAGAUAGAAGAUCAUGUGAAAGCUCUGGACAUACUGGUGCACAAUCUGAAGGACUUCAGAGGAGCAGAAAUGUACUGUGUCAAUAAUACUGAAGGCAAAGGACUCAAAUACAAGCACAACCUCUUCCACACACUGCUUGCUGUAUACCUGGAUCCAAAAUUGGAACCUGGUAAGAAAGAGGAAUACUUGCUGCCAGCUCUUGAGUUACUGAAUGCUCAUUCAGGAGAUUUUGAUGCAGCUAAGGUACUGGAAAUUAUCCCAUCAAACUGGUCAGUUUCUGUGGUGGAGGUAUUUCUCCGUGGAGCUCUUCGCACGUCUCUUCAUAAGUAUCGAAUUACCAAGGUAGAAAGUGCACUUGCACGAGGGGAAAAUUUACAAAACAGAUUUGCACUGUAUGAUCUACAACGUCGGUCCAUCUCUCUGCAUGAAACCAACUACUGUUGUGUGUGCAAGAAGCCAUUCUCAGAUGGGAGUUUUGCUCGAUAUCCCAACAAUGUUCUGACACAUGUUGCUUGUGUAAGACAUAACAGUAUAUGUCCAUUAACUGGAAAGAAUUUCAAAAGUUUGGCAUCCUUGUAUUCAGGGAGGUAACAUCAAUGCCAAGAUUAGUUGUAAGUCACUAUGAAAUAAAAGAGAAAUAACAGUAAUACUUCCCCAUGAUGAGCCUUCCCAAGUUGUAGUCCUACUUACAACAUAAAUAAGUUUCUGUUGUAACCUAGUAUUUAUGUUACCAAAAAUAUACUUAAGGGUUUUAAAAUAAUUUUGUUACAGUGGCUGGAAAAUGAACUAUCUAGUUUUGUUGAAAAAUAAAUCAGGACAACAGUUGA